UAGUUGUUGUUUAUAUUUUUAUCUUGUUUAUUUUAUUUUGAAUUUAUAUUUCGAAAAAGACUUUGUGUUGAAUCGUUUGCUUUUGGCAAAUUCAGUGUGGCUCGUGUCUUCAAAGUGUUCUGUCACGUUUAAGCGGUUUUCUUACUUGAACGUGUUUAGUAAAAAAAAAUUUGGUGAAAUAAAAUUGAAAGGAUUACUUCGCUGGUUGUUGAAGAGGUCCCCUCUAAUAUUAUUUACAAUGCUUUCAAAUCUAAAUUAUUUACUAGUCACUGCCACCUGUUUUGUUAGUAUAUGCACGGCGAUAAGAGUUGACUGGAAUACGAAUACUGGUCCCAUAAUACCACCAACACCUAGAACUACCGUUAGACCGAUGCCACCAUUUAGAGAACCCGCGCCGGUGUGGGAGGAUCUAAGUAAUGAUAUACCCAAUCCAAAUCCCUACAUUUAUGUGCCACCACCACCUUCACGUCCUAAACAACGUCUGAACACAAAUAUCAACUAUAAUCUCAACAGCAACAACAACUAUGGCAGCCUUGUAACACCACAAAAUGCAAACUCCUACUAUCAACAGAACAACAACUCGCCUUCAGUAGCAAGUUUGUCACCACAAUAUAUACCCAACGUGGGUACAAGAUAUGUGGCAGUAGUACCAACUACUUCAACAACUACAACAAAAUCUUCAUUUGCCACCAACAAAUAUGCCCAAACAUCAUCAUCAGCAAAUGCACUUUCACCGGAUGAUAAAACUUCGUAUAAAUUGCAAGGCAAAUACAAUGUCAAAACGAAAAAAUACAAAGCAUACGAGAAGGUCAAAUAUGUGCCACUUAAUUAUUAUUCUACAUUCAAGCCCAGCAAUAAAACAACUGAGGCUCCAGCAUCCGGGAAUAAACAGCUAAAUAAACAGGAACUGCCUGCUGUCAACAUAAAACAACAAUGGUCUUCUCCUUUCAUUUCCAAAACUACCACCAUGAAUCCAAUUAAAAAAUCCACCACGCCUUCCACCAAGUCCUAUACCAAGCAUGUAUAUGUUAAGGAUACGACGGUUAAGUCAAAGGCAAAAUUCAGUGACUCUGUAGAUAAGGCCAAGAAAAGUUGAAUUAGUUGUUAAAGAUAAACAAUAACUAUUCUAGAAUUAAAAUUGUUAUUAUUUUUUAUAUAUUUUCUUAUUAUUUUAAAUUCUCAAAUUAUGAGCACAAAUAAUAGAGAUAAAAUAUACAAAAAAUAUUAUUAAAAUUUAUAUUGCUUUAAUGAACGUUGUUGUGAAGAAUUCAGUUUGAAGUUAAGAAAAACUAUUAUUGCCAUAUUUGUAUUGGUAUAAAAGCAAAAUUGGAAAUUGCAUACAAAAAUAUUAAAUUAAUUUGUAAAUAAAACAAGCACAGUGUAUGAUAAUAUUAA